AUGGUUCUGUUAUCUGGACUUCUUCCAAAUCCAAAGUUAGAGAGCUCAGUUCUUUCUAUCAGUGUAAGAGUUUCGAAUGAAUUAGGUGUUGGACGACCUCAAGCAGCUCGUUUAGCAGCUUGUACAGCAGUAUUCUUGGUGGCUACAGAAGGCAUUGUUGCAGCCAUAAUUUUGAUUUCGGUUCGUAAACUGUGGGGCUAUUGUUAUAGCACUGAGGAAGAAGUAGUGGGAUAUGUAGCAGAAAUGCUAGUCUUGAUAGCAGGAUCCCAUUUUUUAGAUGGUAUUCAAUCUGUACUUUCAGGCUUCGCAAAUGCGAGUCAAGCAGGCAUAGCAAUUGCGAGGUGUUUUAUUGCAAUUGCGAAGAAAUCCUGGGCCAGCACAGUUCGCAAAUGCGAACAAAUCUUUGCAAUUGCGAAGGGAGUCUGGGAAGGG